AUGAGCGAGGAGCUGGCAGAAAUGGGGCCUGCAGCUUCCGGGGACGGGGUCAGGACCGAAACAGCUCUGCACCCUGUGCUGGGCCCCAGAGUUGGCCUGCACGCCUAUGACAUCGCGGUGCUGGUUGUCUACUUCAUCUUUGUCAUCGCCGUGGGGAUCUGGUCGUCCAUCCGUGCAAGCCGAGGGACCAUUGGUGGCUAUUUCCUGGCAGGGAGGUCCAUGACCUGGUGGCCAAUUGGAGCAUCUUUGAUGUCCAGCAACGUGGGCAGUGGCUUAUUCAUCGGCCUGGCUGGGACAGGGGCUGCCGGAGGCCUUGCUGUGGGUGGCUUCGAGUGGAACAUGAGGAAACCAAGGCCUAGAGGAGGCAAAGAGACUCAUCCCGGGCCACACAGAGGGACUGGGAUCAGGGUUCAGGCAACCUGGCUGCUCCUGGCCCUGGGCUGGAUCUUUGUCCCCGUGUACAUUGCAGCCGGUGUGGUCACAAUGCCACAGUACCUGAAGAAGAGAUUUGGAGGCCAGAGGAUCCAGGUGUACAUGUCUGUCCUGUCUCUCAUCCUGUACAUCUUCACCAAGAUAUCGACCGACAUCUUCUCUGGAGCCCUCUUCAUCCAGAUGGCCUUGGGCUGGAAUCUUUAUCUCUCCACGGGGAUCUUGCUGGUGGUGACAGCUGUCUACACCAUUGCAGGGGGCCUCACGGCUGUGAUCUACACAGAUGCUCUCCAGACGGUGAUCAUGGUGGGCGGAGCCCUGGUCCUCAUGUUUCUGGGCUUUCAGGAGGUGGGCUGGUACCCAGGCCUGGAGCAGCGGUACAAGCAGGCCAUCCCUAAUGCCACAGUCCCCAACACCACCUGUCACCUCCCACGGCCUGAUGCCUUCCACAUGCUUCGGGACCCAGUGAGCGGGGACAUCCCUUGGCCAGGUCUCAUUUUCGGGCUCACGGUACUGGCCACAUGGUGCUGGUGCACAGACCAGGUCAUCGUGCAGAGGUCUCUCUCUGCCAAGAGCCUGUCCCAUGCCAAGGGAGGCUCAGUGCUGGGGGGCUACCUGAAGAUCCUCCCCAUGUUCUUCAUCAUCAUGCCCGGCAUGAUCAGCCGGGCCCUGUUCCCAGAUGAGGUAGGAUGUGUGGACCCUGACAUCUGCCAAAGGAUCUGCGGCACCCGGGUGGGCUGCUCCAACAUCGCCUACCCCAAGCUGGUCAUGGCGCUCAUGCCCGUUGGUCUGCGGGGCCUGAUGAUCGCCACGAUCAUGGCCGCCCUCAUGAGCUCACUCACCUCCAUCUUCAACAGCAGCAGCACCCUGUUCGCCAUCGACGUGUGGCAGCGCUUCCGCAGGAAGGCGACGGAGCAGGAGCUGAUGGUGGUGGGCAGAGUGUUCGUGGUGUUCCUGGUUGCCAUCAGCAUCCUCUGGAUCCCCAUCAUCCAGAACUCCAACAGUGGGCAGCUCUUUGACUACAUCCAGUCAAUUACCAGCUACCUGGCCCCACCCAUCACUGCUCUCUUCCUGCUGGCCAUCUUCUGCAAGAGGGUCACAGAGCCUGGAGCCUUCUGGGGCCUCAUGUGUGGCCUGGGAGUGGGGCUUCUGCGCAUGAUCCUGGAGUUCUGUUACCCAGCCCCAGCCUGCGGGGAGGUGGACCCGAGGCCAGCCGUGCUGAAGGACUUUCACUACCUGUACUUCGCACUCCUUCUCUGUGGGCUCACGGCCAUCGUCAUUGUCACUGUCAGCCUCUGUACAACACCCAUCCCUGAGGAAAAGCUCGCUCGCCUGACCUGGUGGACACGGAACUGGCCCCUCUCUGAGCAUGAGAGCACACUGGGGCCACCAGAGAGGCCUGCUGGCGAGUCCCCUGCAGAAGGAGGGGUGGCAGAGAACUCCAGCCAGGACCAGGAGCAGCCUGGAGGUAGGCUGGGGCAGGCUGUAGCCAGGUCCUGGGGAAAGCUGCUCUGGGGCUGGUUCUGUGGGCUCUCGGGGGUCCCGGAGCAGGCCCUGAGCUCGGCAGAGAAGGCUGCGCUAGAGCAGAAGCUGACCAGCAUCCACGAGGAACCCCUCUGGAGAAGCGUCUGCAACAUCAAUGCCGUCCUCUUGCUGGCGAUCAACGUCUUCCUCUGGGGCUAUUUUGCGUGACUCUGCAGAGCCGGCUUCAGCGGAGACAGACUAAACACAGCCCAACCCGCUAGCCUCAGAGACAGGCUUUCCUCCCACCUUGCUGCCUAAAGGGAGACCCUGGAACUAAGACUGCAAGAUCCCCUGAAGAACAUCCAUUCCCACCCACACGCAUGACCAGUGGGCAAAUGGAGGCCACAAGAGAGCACUGCCAGCAGGGGUCACGGGUCUCCCCUCCCCACACCUCUUUCCCGUACAUUGCCUUACAUUCCUACCUCAAAAACACUGCUUCCACCCUCUCUUGUAGUCUGGUUAGGAACUUUCACUGCACGUGUGUCUUGAGGCAGGCGCAUGGAGCAGCAAGAAAUUUGCAAGAACUUGGCGGCGCCAGUAGCUCAGUAGUUAGGGCUCAGGCCAC